AUGGAAUUUUUGCAAAAGUUAAUGGUGAUACCUUAAAAUAUCCUUAAUACCUUGAAGAAAAUGAAAUCCUAAACAAAAAAUGUUUAAAAUAUUUUUACCGAACCUCUAAUAGUUUGUUACGAGUCAAAAAUAGAAACAGUUCAUGUGAAAUAAUUCGAUCAUAUAACAAAAAGAAAAAAAAUAAUGAUGAAUUAAGAAACUCAAACAGAACCACAAUCUUAAACAGGAUAAAUAUUAAAAAUAAAUCAACUUCCUAAGAUUGAUUAAAAAAAGAAAGGGUAACUUGGGUUAGACUUUUCCAAAUCUAAUAAAAAAUGCUUUAAAUUACUUGAUAAAUAAAUUAUUUAAGAGGAAAGCUUAAGUAGAGUCUCAGACUAAACAGAACCAUCAUAAUACUCAUAUUGCUAAAAUCAUUUUUUGACAGUAUUAGAACAAAAUGAAGAAUAAUAUAAAUCAGAACAAAAUAAGAUAUACCAAAUUAAAGGAAAGAAUUAAAAAUAAUAUCGAAAUCAAAUACUUAAAAAUUAUAUAAGCAAGUUUAAAGAGAAAUACAAUGAAGAGAAAUAAAUUCUAAAGUCCACAAGAACUCAAUCCUCAGAUGAAAGAUAAGAUAGUAUAGAUUAAAUGAAAUAAGAAAAUAACUAAUAAAAACAAACACUGGUUUGA